GAUUAACAUUGAUCUUGUUGACAACAGGCUUGGUAACACGACGCUUUGAGAUGACGGCCCUCAGUAUGGGCGCCUUUGGCGCCUACAAACACGCUUACAGUAAGUAUCUACAGGAAAGAGAGGCAGCGCUCGCGAGAAACCAGCCAACAGAAACUGUCUGGGUCACCAAACGCUACAUCCCCACAGACCUCAGGUCCACGGCGCCCGUUCCACGACACAAGCUUCUGGCGCCAAAACAACUUCCGUCCGCAGAGCACCACUGGAUUCCCGUCACAGAUCCGCCCCUGAGAACUUUUGAUCGUGGUCCAGGGAACGCUAUAUUUAAGUCUCAUCCUAGCACACGGUGUGAGGAGUAUUCCACUCUUAGACAGAUGCUUCCCUCCAGGGGAUACCUGGUGGCCUUUGAACCACAAAACUGGGGCACGGGGAGUGAAAUGCCGAUAGCGUAUGCUGACCGACCCCCUAAAAGAUUUCCCAUUAUUAACAGCCCGAUGGGAAGGUAUGUUGAUGAUAUGCACACCACCAACAAGCUAUUCAAGUUACACUGAUCACAGAAGAGUUAUCUUUCCUGUCUUAGCCCCAGGAAUUCCUGUCAAUGAGUGAUUACCAGUAUUAAAACCAAAACAGUUUGUCAUUCCCUAUUUCUUCUUGAUGUAAGUUUUUAUUUUGUGUAUGCCAUUUAAGCAUAAUAUGUGAUAUUGACAUAUUUUAGUGAAACACUUAACAGGAGAGUGGGACACUUUAAUUAAAGUUAUGAUAUAUAUUUGAUCAGUAUUAAUUAAAUUUAAUAAUUUAGAAUUUGUACAUUUGUGGAACACAUUCAUUCAGUGCACAUAAUUGUCUCAUGGUGCUUUAUGUUGUCAUUUUGUGUGUUUUUACUUUUUAAAAUAUAUUUUAUACCUUUUUAUCUUUGUAGAUUUUAAUCUAUAUUUGUUAUUUGCUCAGAUUUUGCAGUGGAAUUUGUUUAGGUAGGGAUUAUAUAUAAAGUAGAUUAGAGAGUAGAGAGAAGGCAGACAACGAAUUGGUCAAUAUGUUGAAGUGUUAGUUAUAUCAUAAGUAUUAUAAUUAUACAUACAUGUUGUUGUUUGAAGUGCAAAUUGUUGUGUUUUUUUUUUGUUUAUUGCUACAUGUAGAUCAAUGUACCUGUUAUUUCCCCUUGAUUAAAACUUCAAAAACUCAA